CGCCGUCGCAGCCCUGUAGAGCUGAGCCGGGGUGGAUCUUUCAGACGUGAGUCCAGCGGUGAUCUUUUUCAACCCGUUGUUGUUGGGGAACCGAGCAACCGAGGAUCAUAACUUUUCAACCUGGCGAUAAUGAAUCCUGUGAUUGGCGACAAAGCGCUAUUUGCUCUAGGCGGUAUUCGCCCGGACACCAUGGCCGAGAUUGACAAGAUCCGUUGCCAUGUUUCCUAUGCGCUCGGGCAGCUCCAGGCAAAGACGACCCAAGACCAAGACGCUCGCAAGAAGCUCCUAGCCACCCUGGAGGCAUACAUCGCCAGGGGGGUAUUUCCUCUCAACGAGAACGACGCCGCGCCCAACCAACGCCAUCCCUGCUUUGUGGACAGUGCGGGUACUCCCUGUGCUGUGGCACAUCUAAUGCAACAGAGCGGUGCGAAAGCCCUCGCUGACACGAUUGCAUCCUCUCACAAGUACGAUUCGAUUGCUCGAAUGGUCGAGGAUGAAGAGCUUUCGCCUCAAAUCAAGUCUUGGGCGUUCUCGAAUGGUCUAAGUGUGCGGGAUCUUUCUCUCAUUCAGCCAACGUAUGAGUUUGUUGCAAGAGAAGCUCGUGAACUGUUCAGUAAGGUGGAAUCCAAGCUCCUUGAGGCAUCCUCCUCCGCUGCGUGCUUGGAGGAGGUCGAAAGAAACAAAGUGUCCAACCUCAUGGUUCGGUUCGGAGACACAAUGAUUUCUGGAUUCGGCUGGCCUGGACGCGAUAUCCCCGACUACCUCGAGAGGAUUAAAAAGUUGGAAAUCAGCGUUCCUGACGACAAGGCAGAGGUUCACGAACUCAUCAAGUUGCUACGCCAAGAGGUGGAAGGUGCCAAAAGAGGAAACGGAAACAAGCGGACAACGGCAGCUGAUUACGAAGGCUUUCUCUGUCCCGAGGACCUGGAGAUCAUGAAGGAGUCUAGAAUUUCCAAUCGUAGGGUGAGGCAUAAGGAGUCAUAAUCAUGUAGGGCUACCGACCAGCUCGCCCGCCCCUCCUCUUUGUUUAGCAAAGAUUGGAGAAGACCUAUUUGAAAUAGAUUAAUGAACUAAGCCACAGGCACACAGCCAGCGCAUGCGUCAGCUUUGUAGCGUUGCGAUCAAUCAGCUAGGAGACUUGGAAAUUCCGAAAAGGGAAUCGACGAGCAUUCGAUCAGAGA